AUGGCAGAUGAUCUGAUGGACGUGGAAGUCGUCAAUGUGGUUAUCGAGACUCGCUUUGCCCAGAUACUUGAGAUCCUAGGAAGGCAACCACCUGAAGACCAGGACCCAUUUACCCUUGUGCAACAAUCCCGGGACGUGGCGUCCACCAAAGCCCUUCAAACUAAAGACCUCAUGUUUGAAAAUUCCACUCCCGAGCUUGAGCAGGAGUUUGUCAGCUGGCAGUUAGAAACCAAGUUGUGGCACUUGGCAGAGAUUCUCUACAGCUUUCGUUUGGCUCGAAUUGAACCUCAUAAACUGUAUGGCUUCUCUUCUGUUCCGGUGGUGGAAGAGAACUUCAGAAAGCAAAAUACCAAGUUGGCCGAGAUUAUCAUGAUCAUUGAGUGGAUCCAGGUGAAUUCCCCCCUUGUGGACACGUCUAAGGUUCCAAUUGCCACCAAGUGGAACAAUACGAAGAGAUCGGUGCAAACCAGGGACUUAAAGGUGUUGGCCGAAUCCACCUCCGAAUCUGCCCAGGACUAUGUCAGUGAAUUGGACCCUGACGGGCCAUUGCGCUCAGGCAAACGCUUGCAUUCCGAAGACGUCAAAACUGACGAUGAGGUGUUUAAAAUCAUCUACAAAUUGGUGUUGUAUCGAAAUUUUGACGAAGCUAUCACCAUCGCCAACGAAACUGGAAACUAUCCGUUAUCGAUGAUUUUGGUGGGUGAUAUGCUCCCGUACUUGGACACUAAGUUGGACGGGGAAUAUAUUGAAGAACGCAGCAUUGAGUUGACCACUUCCCAGGGUUGCAGGCAUAAGUUGAUGUGGUACCAAGCGGUAUACAAAUUAUCGCAACAGACCAACUUGAACAAAUAUGAAAAGCUCAUCUACAACUAUCUCAGCGGAGCCAAUAUCCUGGAAAACCUCAAGGAAGCCCCUGACUGGGAUGAAUGUUUGUUGUUGUACUGUAACCAAGUGAUGGUCAGUGAGUUGUUGCAGUUCUACAACCAGUUUUAUAAAAAAGAGGUCAGUGAGACCCUUGAUAUUAUCAUCCCCAAACCACAAAUAGAUGGCAUCGAUGCCAUUUUGAACGCUUUGCUGACCGUCGGUAACUCCGUGGGAGAGAGCUCUAGACAUCCAAUACGAAUCAUUACGGGAGGAGUGAUGAUCAAGAAGAUUUCGCCCUUGGUGACCGACACGGCCACUUCGCAUUCGAGUAGCAACAACAAAGUAUACGAAAACACCUCUCUAUUGAGGAUAUUGGUGCACUUAGCCAUCUUCUUGAGAUGGACGGACGCAGAGCAUAUUGAUCCCACCGACUUCACCAAGUUGGUCAUUCUUUACAUCAAAAAAUUAUCCACUGUGGGACUCAACAAGUUGAUCCCAUUUUACUUACAGUAUAUUCCUGGAGAUAUCGAGGCUGUUGAGUACUACUCGGAUCUCUUGUGUUCCAUUCGGUCCAAGGAAGAAAAACUUCAACAGAUUCAAAUCUGCAAAAAAUUGGCAUAUUUCAAUGCUCCCAUAAAUUCGUCCACAGGCGAGGAAAGACUUAAUGUUGUAUUGAAGAGGACGGUGGAAAAAAUAUUGGACAAAACAGAAUCCCAUUACCAGCCAAGCUUAUUCAUAACUAUCAAGGACCAGUACAACACAAUAGACGAAAUUGAUGAAGAGUUAUACGAGUCUGCUGACUAUUUGUUGGCUAACUCCAUGUAUGAAGAUACCAUAAUUGUGUCAAUGGUUAUAAUAAAACGGUUCUUGUUAUCGGGAAAACUAGCAGCCUUGAAGGAGUUUGCAAAGGAAAAGAACUUUAAGCAAAUAGUGAACAGUUAUGACAACGACUUGGGUAUCAGGCAGUUCAAUAGUGAAAACUUCACGUCAUCCAGUCCUUCAAUAAGCGAAGAAGACCGGGAAGAGUUGUUAAAUUACGAUUUAUUGAUCAAGGGCCUCAACUCUAUUUCUGAGUGGAAGAGGUUUGUUGAAGACAACGGAAAAAACAAGACCAACUUCAAAACCAAGGAUGUGCAUCAUUCGAUCAACAAGAUCACUACUCAAUUAAACGACUUGGUGAUGAGAUGGUUCGUUAACACUCCAAAUGAGCUUUUGAGGGAAUUUAGAAACCUCUACGUUCCCUACCUUGUGAUUGAAUUACUCAAAAUAUAUGAAUUCUCCCGAUUCAAUAACCCUGAGUACUUGAACAAGUCGUUUGACUUGAUCAAACUGGUGGCUAAUGAAGAUGAAAAUGACUUGCUUGUCUGUUUCAUGAAAAGUGGAAAGCUCAGCGAGUUCUUGAGUAAAUGUGGAGAAGUAGCGUUGGCCGCUAGCGAAAAGGGUGUCACGGGCAUCUUUGUAUAG